UGAACCAUUAGUAUUUCCUCUCUCUUCGUUUUGACUUGCACAUUGUUCUCGUAGCUGAAUGAUCUCCAGUCUUUUCCAUUUAUUUUGCAACACUGGCCAUUCAUGCUUCAUUCAUUAGUUUAUCACAUGGUAUUAGUCAGACAAAAAUGUCCCAAUUAUCCGGUCGCUCCGAGUAUUUUUCCUAACAUUCAAGAGUUUCUUGUGGAAGACAAGCCGAGCAUUUAAGGAAACGGUGGAGAGAGACACAAGACGCUGCUUCUUGCGGUUCUUCACCAAAUACAGCCUGCUCCUUUCAAGAGUGAGAACAUGUUGUUCUAGUAGGGAUACAGCACCCUCCGGUGGCACACAAGGACAUGGUGAUCUCAUUCCUCUGGGCUGUGGUCACUUAUGUGCCCCUUCUGUGGUUUGUGAGGGUGACUGAAGGGAUGCCUGACCCAGCUCAAAGGGACCUGCUGAUGCGUCAGGAGGCAUCCAGGCAAACGGGAGGACAAGUGGUGCUGACAGCGGCCGAGCAGAAGCUGGACGCUUACCUCCAUCGAUUGAAGGAGCAAGAGAUGUCUGCCACACCUUUUCCUCCUGCUUUGCAUUUCUUCAAAGCAAAACCUCUCAUUGAGAAGAGCCCAGUCUUCAAACUGCUGCAAAAGAUGCCUAAAGAGGAGCUUCACCGCGACAACAUCCUGUAUCUGGAACUGAGGAGUGGUCUCUCAAGGACAUACGAGCUCGAUGGAACUAUUCACGAUAAGUUCUGGACUCUGAAAACAUUUCAAGAAGUUACAAAGAAAUUUAUUGGAGACCAUCCAGACUUUCUCGGGGCUCGUAUCAUAAUUUCUGUCCACAGAGCUUUGACUAUAUCUGAGGUCAAAGCUGCUGUAAAAGAGGCCAUUCAGCUGCAAAAGGACUUCCCAGAUGUCAUUGCAGGAUUUGACAUGGUUGGACGGGAGGACAGCGGGAAGAGUCUUUGGUUCUUCAGAGAGGCCCUCUCUCUGCCAGCUGAACUUGGUGUCAGAUUGCCGUACUUCUUUCAUGCAGGGGAGACAGAUGACGAAGGCACAGACACAGAUCAAAAUAUUCUUGAUGCCCUUCUAUUCAACACCAUGCGCAUUGGCCACGGCUACGCUUUAGCGCACCAUCCGCUUGCCAAAGAACUUUCUAGGAAAAGAAAUGUGGCUGUGGAGCUUUGUCCCAUCUCAAACCAGGUGCUGAAGCUGGUUUCAGACCUGAGGAACCACCCUGCUACUGUGCUGAUGUCAGAGGGUCACCCGAUGGUCAUCAGUGCCGAUGACCCGUCCCUGUUUGGCACCACAGGCCUCUCCUAUGACUUCUAUCAAGCAUUCGUGGGCAUCGGAGGGUUGAAAGCAAACCUGGGCACGCUCAAAGAACUGGCUGCAAACUCCAUCACGUACAGCUCACUCCCAGCUCAUCUGAAGGAUUCAGGUCGUGCCAUGUGGCAGAAAAAGUGGGACGCCUUCAUUUCUGCCAACUCAUAACAGCCGAGUGAUAUUAGAUCCUGACUGACUUGAAUGAAUGACUGAAUGUUUGUAAUAUCACUAAGGUAAAUAUUCAUAGGCCUUUA